UAGGCUGAACUCUCAAAAUGAAAGUUUGACUUCGAGUUUGAGCAUUAAAACCUUUGUUUAAAAACAAAAAAAAUCGUUUUGUAUUUGUGUAUUUAUCGUUAUCCUACGACACAAAUACGGCUGCGGUCUGUCCAUCCGUUUGGUGAACAGAGCAGCAGCAGACGGGUCUCCAUGCGGCGUCGCGUUCAGCGAAUGUAACGUACUCUCGGCUGGUUGGAUGAAGGCGGUGCCAGAGGUGGCCAAGCAGCAGGGCCUUGCCUUUGUGGGUGUAGAAAGAGAAGAUGGCUCCCGUUCUGGACAAACACCUCCCCGGUGCAGCCGGUUCGGGCGACAAUAACAACGAAGACGAAGAAGGACAAAGCCUCUGGUCCUCAAUACUGAGUGAAGUUUCAACCAGAUCAAGUUCAAAGUUGCCAUCAGGAAAGAACAUCCUGGUGUUUGGUGAGGAUGGAUCGGGAAAAACAACACUUAUGUCCAAACUCCAAGGAGCUGAUCACAACAAGAAGGGCAGAGGACUGGAGUACCUUUACUUAAGUGUCCAUGAUGAAGACCGUGAUGACCUUACCCGCUGCAAUGUGUGGAUCCUGGAUGGGGACCUGUAUCACAAAGGCCUUUUAAAGUUUGCUGUGACAGCUCAGUCGCUACCUGACUGCCUAGCCGUGUUCGUUGUGGACAUGUCUCGACCCUGGACCAUUAUGGAGUCCUUACAGAAGUGGGCCAGUGUGCUCCGUGACCAUGUGGACAAGCUAAAGAUUCCUCCAGAGGACAUGAGAGAAAUGGAGCAGAGGAUGGUAAAAGCUUUCCAAGAGUACAUAGAACCAGAAGAUGGCACCCCGUCCUCCCCACGUAGGGCCACAACAUCAGGAGAAGAUGAGGCAGUUGUGUUACCACUCGGAGAAAACACACUAACACACAACUUUGGCAUUCCAGUGCUAAUAGUUUGCACUAAGUGUGAUGCAGUCAGUGUUCUAGAGAAGGAGCAUGACUUCAGAGACGAGCACUUUGAUUUCAUCCAGUCCCACAUCAGGCGAUUCUCCUUACAGUACGGAGCUGGCCUGAUCUAUACCUCAGUAAAAGAGGAGAAGAACCUGGAUCUGCUUUACAAAUAUAUUUUACAUAAGUUGUAUGACUUUCAGUUUGUCACUCCUGCGUUAGUGGUGGAGAAAGAUGCAGUGUUCAUUCCAUCAGGAUGGGAUAAUGAGAAGAAAAUUGGGAUUUUGCAUGAAAACUUCACAACAGUUAGACCAGAAGAUCCAUUUGAAGAUUUUAUUACAAAACCUCCAGUACGAAAGCUGGUUCACGACAAGGAGAUUUGUGCAGAAGAAGAGCAGGUAUUCCUCAUGAAGCAACAGUCUUUGCUAGCAAAGCAGCCAGCUACACCAACAAGAGGAGCAACAGAGUCUCCAGGACGGCCGGCUUCAGUGUCCCCCAGGCCUGCCGGUCGUGGCCAACCCACUGUAAGCAGCAGCUCGCCAUUAUCUACUGUCAAGAAGCCUGACCCUAACAUGAAAGCGGGGGCUGCAAACGAAGGAGUGCUGGCCAAUUUCUUCAAUAGCCUGUUGAGUAAAAAGACGGGAUCACCCGGUAGCCCAGGAAGUGGAGCAGUUGGCGCUGGAGUGCAAGGGUCUGCCAAGAAAACAGGGCAGAAGCCGGGUUUGACUGAUGUCCAGGCAGAAUUGGACCGAAUGACUCGCAAACAAGACUCCAUGGUUCCAGCUAACAACAUACCACCGACGGAGAACGAAGCGUGAAGGCAACAAAACCAGCUUCAUUGUGUACUGCUUUAUUACCCUUGGAAAAAUCGAUGUACAUGUGAGCAUAAAAAUGAAAAAAAAAAAAAGACCACUUUCCCCAACGCCUGUACCAGUCAGCGCACACCAAAUACGUUUCAGAUGCUACAGAAAGUCUCAGAAAGAUUGGAAGAUCGUGAUAUGAGAGGUGGAGAUAUUAAUGAGAUUAUAACUACUGAGGGCUUGGCCUUAUGCUCUCCUCUCCUGCUGAAAAUGUAAUGGGGGGGGGGGGGGGGGAUGUGUGGACCCUCCCUGGCGGCCCGUCUGAUUCGUUGGGCUGCAGGCCCCAGUUUUUUCGGGGGGGGGGUACAUCUCAUGGUUUUCAAGAGUGCUAUGAUACUGGUCCUGUGGCGCCUGGUUAUGCCUGUCUCGUGGAAGGAAUUGGUUUGACAUUGGAAGGUGUUUAAACUCUAAAUACUGAGAAGAGGAAAAUCAAAUACUCGCACACACAUGUAGUAUGUCAAAAAACAAAUGAUUCUGGUGUAUUUAUGCAAUGCUCCUCUUUAUUUUAUUUUCAGCGCCGUAUGUUGGUUUAAGGAUUAUUGGUUCAGUGCUAAAAAAAAACAAUACUGACAUCAUGAUGCUAAUGAUGUGACAGCAUAUCAGUUGACUCACCCUGUUCAUCUCAAAGGAUUCUGUAAAUAUAGAAGAAGAAAAAAAUUCAGGUUCAGGUUUACUCUUUUUUUUUUUUUUUUUUUUUUUUGUACAAAGUGCAUUUCUGUCCAAAAAUAGCAUGUCUGACUGGACAAAGACUGAUUGGAAUUCUUAGAACCUGCAUUGAGUUAGCUUUUUUUAGCGACAGGUUUGGGGGACGGGUUGGGCAUCUUUCCUACUGUAACUCCUAAGUGCCUCGCAAGGUUAGCUGUUGGUGUCAUAGCAGAGGUUCUGGUCCACAAUGGAGGGAAUGCACUGUAGCUCCACCGCUUGAAGUUUUCCUCCCAUUUUUGUUGAUGUACAACAAGCCCUGUGGUCUGCUAACUUUUUCCAAUUCUGUGAGCUUAAGUUUAAUGCAUUGAAUUCCUAAUGUAAAUUAUUACAGUUGUUAAAGUCCCACCUGAUGGAUCUGAAUAUGUUCCUCCAUCUACUGCGGUUGAUGCUACUUAUUUUCAGCUAAAAUACAUGCAGCUGCUUGACGGAAAAAAACAAACAGAAUCUGUAUCCUUCAGUGUUUGACAGCACUUACCUCUUCAUCCUUUGUUUUCACUCUGUACUUUUCAUGUAAGUUAAAACAUUCCCAGUUUCUAAAUGACAGUAGUUGUAGAAACAUCCCUGAUUUAAAAAAAAAAAAAAAGAAGAAAAAAAGGGUUAAACUUUUUUUGUUCAGUGUCCAUUAAAAUUGACAGCCAUCACAUUCAAUGUACAGUAAAGGCCAUCUUGCCUUCACAGGAAUACUCCUAAUUUGUGUCUUUGAAGGGUUGCUUGAUUGUCUUUUAUUUCUGGUCUUUUUUUUUUUGUAAAAGCUGUAUCAUAUCAAAAGAAUCUGUUUUUUUUUUCUGACACGAUAAUGAAAAAAGAAGUGCACACUAACAUUCUUAACUAUAUGCAAGGUCCUAUUGAAGGCCAUGUAUGGUGUAGACUGUAGCUUUGACAGAAUUAUGGCAGUUGGGAAGAUUUUAGCUGUUAAAAAAAAUAAUGGCCAAAAGGACACAGUUGGAAUUGGAUUAAAAAACCAAAGAUUGCUCCUGUAGUUCCUGCUACACACGUUCCUAUUCUGUAAUGUUCCAUCAAAUUAAGGUCUAACUCUUUUUAACACCAUGUCAACGUAUAAACAUACCUUUAUCCCGUCUACCAUGCUCAGUUUUUUUUUGCAUCACAUUUAUGUAAGUCGGUGAUCGGAAGUGGGACUUAAACAUUUUUUUUUCAAACUUUUACUCUACGAAUACAGUUUGUUUUCACAGUGUUGUGUUAAUAAAACAUCACUCAAUUCCCCUUCAUUUGCUUUACUAAAUCAUCUAUUCAAAUUAAUUUCUAAUCAUUUGUAGCUAAGGAUAAAGCACAAUUAAUAGCCAGUGAUGCCAUGUUUUGAAAUGAGCACCUCUUGCCUUGAAAACACAUUGCUUAUCUGUUUUGCCUUACCUUUUUAAGUUAAGAACAGAUAUAAAAGGAUGAUUAACAACAAAACUUCGAUCUUCAUCUUGUGAUUACCCCUCUACUUUUUUUUUUUUUUGAUUUGCCAAAUGUCACUGUAAACGAAGGACCUGUGACCGGUGUUUCUGAUGCGUGCCCGUACUUGCAUUUGGCAUUUCGCUGCAUCGAUGGAAGCGCUCCGGCUCCUCCUCGUGUCUUUUACACUUGCUCUUUGCAAGGAUUUGUUGUUACUCUCAAGAUUGAAUAAUGAACAGUUGUUACCUUUUGGUACUCACCUGUCAAUCGCAAAGAAUUGCCUUUUCACCUCCUUAAAAAGAAUUGCCUUCAACCACUCGGCAGUGUUCGCCUCCACAAGACUUUCAGCUUCAGCUUCUAGCCCUUUUGUACUGAAAAUAUCAAGACGAUUGAAGGACAUGACUUGCUGCAUUUGGGUGUUCUGGAUGAAAAAGUUUGUAUGUCUAACUCAUUUCUGUAGCCUCCAAGUCGCCAUAUUGUUUUUAGCUUAAAAUGCCUUCAAUGAUACGGAAAUGUUUAUCAGACCCACGGCUUAAAUAAAACCAAGGAUCGAGA